GAGAAAACACAAGCUAGUUUAAUCAUGUCUUUUAGCUAAAAUAAAUAAAUAAACAGGACUACAGAAAUGUCUUUAGAGCGCCUUCUUCGUGAUUUGAGUAUUAAGUCUGAAAUUGAGGAUAUUAGUGUGAUUUCUGUUCUUUCUGAAAUCCGUGAACGCUUCGAGGAGAGAAAUUCAGACAAGUGGAGCAUCCUGAGUCGCACAGCUGAGGUGUUCAGGAUCGGUGGCCUGUCGUGGCUCUUCCCCGAGUUCACCUCACACUUACAGAGCGCUUACACACGCCUGCUGGGCUCCUGGACUAAACACGCCGCUUUGCCUUUGUGUGACACGGACAGCGGGACUUUACCGGCCAGCAGCUAUGAGCAGAUCCCAGGGAAAGCCGUGGCGGUCGGGGGAACUCUGCUGGCGCUGACCGCUCAGCUCGGAGAGGCGGUGAAGUGUGGAGCAGGUUCAGGGGCCAAGGCUCUCAUUCACGCACUCAGCCCUGCCCUGUGUGUCUUCUCCAUCACACACCUGCAGAAGCAGCCGUGGACUGAUCAGUCCUCCAGGGAAUGUGCUGUGGAGCUGCUGAGCCGUACAGUCACAGCCAGUGGAAGAGGCUCAGUGCAGGAGCUGCUGUGUGGAAGUGAUGGAGGAGCAAACACAGGGGUCCUGGGCCCCAUCCUGGACACACUGCAGCCUGACAUGACAAAGGAAACCUGGAAGCGAAACGAAGCUGUGAAACACGUCUUCUCUUGGCUGCUGGUGCAGGUCGGGCGUCCCUGCUUAGCGGACUACUUGGACAAGGUCUUCCCUCCGUCUCUGCUCAUAUCAGAUGAUUACCGGAUGGAGAACAAAGUCCUCGGAGUGCACUGCCUUCAUCACAUCGUCCUUCAUGUGCCUGCUGCUGAUUUGAGGCAGUUUAACCGAGCUCAGGUGCUCUACGACGCCCUGCACAAUCACCUGUACACGUCUGAAGCUCCGCUCAUACAGGUGGUUCUGCCGUGUCUAAUAGAUUUACUCUCGGUCCUUGAGAAGCCUCUCGGCCACACAGGAUUACCCCGAACUCCAAACCGCUAUGACGGCAUUCUCCGACUCGUUUUAACGCACAUGGAAAUGGAGCACAAGCUCGCACUGCGUCGGAUCUACGCCAGCAGCCUGGUGCUGUUCGUCGAAAAGAUGGGUAUAGGCAUCGCUCGGCAUCUGAAGAGGCUCGACAGGGUGAUUGCGGGGUAUCUGGAGGUCUCAGAUGGUCCGGAAGAGAAAGCCAGGCUCAGCAUACUGGAGGUUCUAGAGAGGACAAUACAGGUCGCCUGGCCAAGGAUGGAGUGCAGGCUGUCUGUCCUGGCCAGGAGCUUGCUCAGGUUUCUCGUGGACAUCUCUGAAGAGUCUCCAUCUCCUGAGCUCAGGGAGGAGCUGUUGAACAGAGCAUCACGCUGCCUCAUGCUGCUGGACCUCUGCUCACACGGCAGACUGAGGGCGGAGCUGAAGGAGUUGGACAGCAGCUGUGUGUGUGAGCGAGUGCUGAAGUGCAUACAGGAUGUUACGCGUGCGGAGUGUGUGAGCUGAGUGUCACCGCUGCUCCAUUCCUCACACCGGAAACUCCACGUUAUGGAUCAGAAGCUCGUGAGGAUAACUAAUCGGUGCCUUCAUUUUAAUUUAUUUUGUAGUAUUAAGAAUAAGAUUAUUAAAUAUAUCAUCAGGUAUGUUUUUAUGGAUGACUGAAUAAAUCAAACAGACUCUAUCUAGGAGUGACACUUUUCCUGAAUUUCUAAAAAUCUGAGCAAAAGAGGGAUUUGGAGCAGGAAGGUUCUCAAUCUGUUGGCUUAAACAGUUCUCUACACUAAAUAUGUAAUAAAUAAUACAUCCUCAUGA